GUUCCUCAAUCAAACGCACAAAUUUUGCAUUUUAACAUUGCUUUAAAUGAUACGGGAAGCGCUGGACUUGGUUUAAGCCUGAAAGCUCGUGCUAUUAUGAAACCGGACAAAACGAGAUAUGACUGUGGAAUUUUCAUUAAAAAAGUUUUGCACGGUGGUGCGGCGUAUAAAGAUGGUCGUUUAAAAGUUAACGAUCAGUUAAUCGGCAUUGAAAAUAUUGAUCUACGAUUGUUUCGUAAAAACGCUGAAGCGAGUGAAGCGAUAACAAAAUGUCUUAAAGAAAUCGGUUUAUUUGCAUUUCCGUAA